GAGAAGGAGCAGCAGUCACCACCUGACCUGUGCAGCAGCAGCAGCGGCAUGGAGGCAGAGAGAUGUCUGGACAGAACACCUCACAUUUUCAGGGAAAUUCACGUGUAACCUCAAGAACAGGUUGGAGAGACUCGAGUGUGUGCGGUUAAAGUUCUAACAGGAUGUGGCGGCUCUUCGUCCUGUCACUUCGGGAGAUUUCGGCUCCGCUCGGAGAAACAGCACCGGACUGUAUGGUGGAGAACCGUUUCAUAUCUUUACCUUUUUCUGGGGACCGGCUGUAUGAUUAAGCUACAAUCUUCAAUGAGUAAGCAUAUCCCACAGUUCUGUGGUGUUCUGGGUCACACAUUUAUGGAGUUUCUGAAGGGCAGUGGGGACUACUGCCAGGCUCAGCACGCCGCCUAUGCAGACGAGUGAACAGCCAAACUCACCAUCGAUCCGACGCACUUGAGCCACAGGAGGGACCCCUGAAAAGUUGGCAGGACCGGGACGCCUCCCAGAACCAGCGACAACUCGGCCUGGAUGGGGUAACUCCACCCGCUGCACACUGCCCUCGUCGGCUUCCGCCUGGCCAGAAUCAAGGUGGAACCAGCCUUGUUUUUUUUUUUCUUCCUUUUCUUUUGUUUUAUUCUAAAGGAGAGGGUUCUGAGUUUUGUUUUUUGUUUUUUUUCUGAUUGUCCGCCCCUUUUUCGGCCGCCAACUCCCCCCACAUUUCCCCCAUCGCCUGUCGCAGCCUUCAUAUUUUUUUUUAUUUUUUAUUUACGCCAACCUCGGAAGAAGAACGAAGGAUUUCUGUUUCUGGGUGUCUGGAAGCUCAUUGGACCUUUUUUUUUGUUUGACAUUCCCUCCGGGUUUAACUAAGUGUUUACAUUAGUGUUUUUACUCUGUGGAAGACAUUCUGGUUUUGUUAAGUUUUAUUUUUUACGUUGUCACAAUGGCUCGUAUGAAUAGACCGGCCCCUGUGGAGAUCACCUACAAAAACAUGAGGUUCCUCAUUACCCACAAUCCCACCAACGCCACCCUGAACAAGUUCAUCGAGGAGCUGAAGAAAUAUGGAGUCACCACCGUCGUGAGAGUUUGUGAGGCCACCUAUGACGCCACCCUGGUGGUGAAAGAGGGAAUCCAGGUUCUGGAUUGGCCGUUCGACGACGGCGCUCCUCCCUCCAACCAGAUCGUUGACGAUUGGCUGAACCUGCUGAAGCUGAAGUUCAGGGAGGAGCCCGGCUGCUGCAUCGCUGUCCACUGUGUGGCGGGGCUGGGGAGAGCUCCUGUUCUGGUCGCGCUCGCCUUGAUUGAAUGUGGGAUGAAAUAUGAAGAUGCUGUCCAGUUCAUUCGACAGAAGCGUCGAGGAGCGUUCAACAGUAAGCAGCUGUUCUACCUGGAGAAAUAUCGUCCAAAGAUGCGUCUGCGCUUCAAAGAUUCCAACGGCCAUCGCAAUAACUGCUGCAUCCAGUAGAGCCAAACCCUGAGCCACGCCAACCCCCCCAACCACCCCAACCCACCCCCCAACACACACACACACACACACACACACACACACACACACACACACACACAAACAACUGACGAGUUCAAUUUAACCUCGCUAGCUUAUUACCUGGCAGGCUUGUUUUUCUUAGUCAUUGUGUUGAAGUAUUUUUCUUUGGAAAACCAUGCUUGGUAACUCUACUGUCCCCUUCCCUCUCCAGGUUCAAAAUGAAGUGUCAAAAAAUAAAACAAAAAAAGGAAAAACAAGAGUUGUGUGAACCGGAAUCACCGUGUUUUCUCUUCAUGUGCCCGUUUAAAAAAAACAAAAAACAAAAAACAAAAAAAAGAAAUUGGGAAGGGCAGCGCUGAGUCGUGUAUCAUUGUAAGCGUCAAGAUGUCGGAGUAAUUGUUUUUCUUCAAAACGCAUCCCAAAGAUUUGAUUGGCCAGUGCGUUUACAUUGCCUGAGAAUGUGCUAAAAAAAAAACAAACAAACAAAAAAAAUUUUGAUUUCAUGUGAGCAAUUAUGUACCCCGUUCAAUUUUAGGGUUCCGUUUCAAGACUGACUAGAAAGAGGUAUGCCUUCCUUCAAAUCAGAUGGUUCAUCCAUAAAUGCCUUACAAUCGAAGUGGAAACAAAGGCAAUCGAGGCGGGAGUCGACUCCCGCUGGCAUUUGGAAAAGGUGUUUCAUUUUUCUACUCGGAACAAAAAAAAAAAAAAAACAACAACAAUCGUUGCCUUUGUCUUGUGCAGGAAGUCUUACACACUUAUCUCCUUUCAGUAACUAUUUUUUAAUAUAAAAAUGCUUAAUUGUUGCAAUAUUUGUCAAUUGAAAGUCUAGGAACUCGUACUUUUUCUGUUCUCUAUCAAACCUUCUGUUUACUAAUUAACUGCCAUGUCCAAAAUGUGAUUUUUUUUUUUUUUUUUUUUUUUUUUUCAGUUUGUUUUUUUUUUUUUCUUUUUUUUUUUUGCUUCAAACUGGACUUCCAACGUCUGCGAUAUUUUGUAUGCCUUUUUAUUUGAUGUCUGUAACUUAAGACUUGGAUACUUGAUGAUUUUAUGUAUUUGAAAAUGUGUACUAUUAUUAUUAGGUUGGCUAUUUAUACUAUCAAUGGAUGUGUGAUUUAGUACCGUGAGCGACAAAGUUGUACCUGUUCACCAACUUGUGAGAGUACAUUAAAAUGAUACACUGAAAAACUA